AUGCUCAAGCAAGCACUGUUCCCAGCACUGCUUCGAUUGGCAUGGCAAAUUCAAUUUGUCUCAGCUUCACCUUACCAGUAUCGAGUCAUGGAACAUGGCUCAGCUUUUCCGGCCCCAGCAGAGUAUGGGACAUGGCAGAUGGCCUGGUACGAAAACUAUUAUGAUGCCGACAUGGUUUACAUCCAGACAAGCAAUCCAAGCCUCAGCAAUGUCCAAGUUGAAGUCGCCGCUGCCGCUUACGAGUACGAUUACUUGGUCUACAACCAGAACGCUGUAUUCCUACCGGGAAGCAAUGGAGUUUGGCAACUUGCCGAUUACGACAAUGACGGAAACUUGGAUUUAAUCUACAUACAGAAUCGAAACACGGCAUCAGGAAAGGUGGAAGUCAAAAUUGCUUCGGGCGCUUCAAACUACCAGACUCUCAUACUGCAGACGCAAACUGUCUUUGAUUCACAAAUCAACGGAAGAUGGCAGAUGACUGAUUACGACGGCGACGGAAGCCUAGACCUCGUAUAUAUUCAGAACAGCAACACAGCUUCCAACAAAGUCGAAAUCAAGGUUGCAUCUGGUGCAUCCAGCUUUAAGACAUUGACGAAGGACAUCACAACAUCUUUCAGUAUCGGAAAUGAUGGGACUUGGCAAAUUGUGGACUAUGCAAACAAUGGAAACAUUGAUCUUGUCUACAUCCAAAACAUCAACACAUCCUCCGGCUACGUUGAGGUGACGAUUGUCUCCGGUGCCUCAGGCUACGAGACGACUGUGCAAAGCGUAGCGACUACUUUCUCUGUUGAGGACAAUGGCACUUGGCAAAUGAUUGACUGGGACGGCGAUGGACUCCUAGAUCUAGUUUACAUCAAAGUACAGGACACCGCUGGCACAGUCGAAAUUCAUGUUGCUUCGGGGUAUGAUUAUGCGGCGGAUUAUUAA